ACACCUAAAUUAACCAAGAAGAAGAAAAAGAAGCAAAGCAAAAGAUGAUAACGGGAAACGAAUUCUACACGGUGAUGUGUGCCAUGGCACCACUCUACUUCGCCAUGUUCGUGGCUUAUGGAUCGGUGAAGUGGUGGAAGAUCUUCACGCCGACGCAAUGUUCAGGAAUCAACCGUUUUGUCUCGGUUUUCGCCGUCCCGGUCCUCUCUUUCCACUUCAUCUCACAAAACAACCCUUACAAAAUGGACACAAUGUUUAUCCUCGCUGAUACUUUAUCCAAAAUAUUCGUCUUCGUCUUGCUCUCUCUAUGGGCCUUUUUCUUCAAAUCGGGUGGUCUCGAUUGGCUCAUCACACUCUUCUCAAUCGCUACUCUCCCUAACACUCUCGUUAUGGGCAUACCUUUGCUCCAAGCCAUGUAUGGAGAUUAUACUAAAAAACUCAUGGUCCAACUCGUUGUUCUUCAAUGCAUCAUUUGGUAUACUCUGCUACUCUUCCUAUUCGAACUCCGGGCAGCGAGGUUGCUUAUCCGGGCCGAGUUUCCGGGUCAAGCAGCCGGGUCAAUCGCCAAGAUCCAAGUCGACGAUGACGUCAUUUCCUUAGACGGCGUGGAUCCUCUCCGUACAGAAACUGAAACCGAUGUCAACGGUCGGAUCAGGCUCAGGAUCCGACGGUCCAUAUCAUCCGUACCUGAUUCUGUUAUGUCCUCCUCCUUCUGCUUAACCCCUAGAGCCUCUAAUCUUUCUAACGCCGAGAUUUUCUCCGUUAACACUCCUAACCGUUUCUUUAACGGCGGAGGAGGAAGCGGUACGCUUCAGUUUUAUAACGGUAGUAACGAGAUCAUGUUUUGUAACGGAGAUUUAGGCGGGUUCGGGUUUACUCGACCCGGAUUUGGUGCAAGUCCUAGACGGCUCUCGGGUUAUGCUUCCUCCGAUGCUUACUCGUUGCAGCCGACGCCACGUGCCUCGAACUUUAACGAGCUUGACGUUAACGGAAACGGUACGCCGGUUUGGAUGAAAUCUCCUGCCGCCGGGAGAAUAUUCCGGCAAUCCUCGCCGAAGAUGAUGUGGGAGUCUGGGCAAAGACAUGCAGCCAAGGAUAUCAAUGUGCCAGAGAAGGAGAUUAGCUUCCGAGAUGCACUUAAAGCACCACCACAGACUACGGCAGCCGGUGGUGCUGCUUCCAUGGAGGAAGGAGCCGCCGGAAAAGACGCAACUCCGGUGGCUGCUAUUGGCAAGCAAGAAAUGCCAAGUGCCACUGUAAUGGUGCGGCUCAUACUAACAGUUGUGGGACGCAAGCUUUCUCGAAACCCUAACACUUAUUCCAGCCUCUUAGGUCUUGUCUGGUCACUUAUAUCUUUCAAAUGGAAUAUACCGAUGCCAAACAUAGUGGAUUUCUCGAUAAAGAUCAUUUCAGAUGCAGGUCUUGGGAUGGCUAUGUUUAGUUUAGGCCUGUUUAUGGCGCUGCAGCCAAAGAUGAUCCCUUGCGGAGCGAAAAAGGCAACAAUGGGGAUGUUGAUUAGGUUCAUCUCAGGUCCCCUUUUCAUGGCUGGUGCUUCUCUUCUUGUCGGAUUGAGAGGUUCUAGGUUACAUGCUGCUAUCGUACAGGCGGCUCUACCGCAAGGGAUAGUACCGUUUGUGUUUGCAAGGGAGUACAAUUUGCAUCCAGACUUACUCAGUACAUUGGUUAUCUUUGGCAUGAUAGUAUCUUUACCAGUAACUAUUCUGUACUACGUCCUCUUGGGCCUAUGAUUCACACUGGAGAAUUGAUGGAUGAAUAAAGAGGUCUGGAAAUA